AUGUUCGAAAAGACUGCGUCGCGGUCCGCAGCCAUCUCAACGAUCUUCUUUCUUUACGCUCAAAUCAUCAUCUAUGCCACUUUUGUGGACGCGACUACAUACAUCUAUACAUCCGAGAUAUUCCCAAACAAUGUGCGCGGCAAAGGCGUGUCAAUCGCCGUUGGAUCGUACUUCCUUGUUCUGCUUGUACAGCUUGAUACCGCACCCACGGCUUUGGCAGAUAUUGGCUGGAGACUUCUUCUGAUCUAUCUAUGCCUUCUCCUGGUUUUUAUCCCGUUCAUCUGGUUUAUCUGCCCGGAAACCAAAGGCAAAUCUCUGGAGGAGAUUGGGAUUAUCUUCGGCGAUCGCCACGUGAGAGUCGCUCUCGACGGCGAUCGGACUGGACCAGAUGAUGAGAAGGCAGCGGACGAUGUGGACGGCAGCGCAUCCCACCACGCGCAUGUCAAGGCCUGA